AUGACACUUAUGACAUUUUGCAACCGGCAGCAAAAUAAUAAUAAGUUCAGUCAUUUUACUUAUCAAAACAUAAAUAUUAGCUUAAAAGUCCAGCACAUUUAGUUAAAAUGAUGCGAACGAUCUGCGGCUUCAAUUCAAAAAUAAUUCGAAAAUCAUACAGCACUGUCCAGAAACCAAUAGUCACAUUGGAUAAAAAAGUUGCAGAAGAUCUAGAAAGUGAAGUUUUCAAACCUCGUCACCAUCCUGGCACGGAUAAAGCCAAAGUUGUUACCGUACCACCUCGAAUAGUAUCAUCAAUUUUCAAGUCUCUCAAAGAUGCUCCUGUGAAAGGUGUUUAUCGAGAUGCUCAAGCGCUAAACCGAUACUUGAAGGGACGUCACAUACCACCGGAACAAAAUCUGGUUAAAUAUAAGCGCCAGAUGAUUGCCGAUAAGCUGAGUCAGACAAUGGAUUUGAGUGAUGAGAAGAAACAGAAGAAAUAUGAUGCUAAAGUUGAUAAAACAUUGAAAUCACAAAUCUAUAACUGGGAACCGAUGGUGUACGAUGAGUACAAAGCGCUGCAAUACGUCCUCGGUCGAUCCGCACAGGAAUACUCAACAGUACUGAGGAUAUUCACCGAAAUUCAGAACAGAGAUCCAACAUUUAAGCCGAGAAGUUAUUUUGAUUUCGGUUCUGGUGUCGGAACUGGAUUGUGGGCCGCUUCGAAACUGUGGAAAGAUUCAAUUUUCGAGUAUUUUAUGGUUGAUUCGAGUCGAAGUAUGAAUGAUCUGGCUGAUCUGAUUUUGCGUGACGGCGACGAAAAUAUACAAAUGGAACUGAGGAACGUUAAUUUCAGACAAUUUUUCCCUGCAUCGAUUGAGACUACCUACGACAUCGUUAUUUCUGCCUACAGUCUCUUCGAAUUGCCCGACACCCAGGCACGCCUUGAAACGAUCUUGAGUUUAUGGAACAGAUGCGAAAGUUAUUUAGUUCUUGUUGAAAAUGGGACAAUGGCUGGAUUUAAAUUGAUAAAUGAAGCUCGUGAUUUUAUACUUCACCUGAACGAAAAGAGCGAAUCUGGGCCAGUAGGUCACAUUUUUGCACCGUGUGCACACAAUAUGACGUGUCCUCGACUGCUCGCUGACGAUAGAUCACCAUGUAAUUUUGUUACAUCCUAUAUGCCAUUGCCCCUGGAUCCGGAAGGUGCCAAUUUGCCACAAAAGGAACUGUACAGCUAUGUGGUGUUGAAAAAAGGUCCGAAUACUGAUUGUGACAAAUGGCCUCGGAUAGUCAGACCAACGUUGAUUCGAUCGAAGCACGCGAUAUGCCGAAUGUGUACGAAAGACGGUAAUUUACAGGAAGUGAUAUUCACACAGUCCAAACAUGGCAAGCUUCCAUACAGAUGCGCCAGAUCGUCGAAAUGGGGAGAUCGUUUACCAAUAAGCAUUGAUGCUCGUACUGAGAUUUAAUUUACAACAAAACAGUAUAAUAGAAACAGUUGGUAUGAAAAGUUA